AAUAAUAUAACGCGUAGUUUAUGCCGACGUGUCGGGAAUCUCGGAGGUGAUUGAUGUUUAGACUUUUAAGUUCUAACUUACUUACAUCGAGGCUUGCAACAUAUAUUUCGAAAUGGCAAGUCUAGAUGACACAGAAGAUGUUGCUCUGGAUUUUGGCACGGAAGAUGAAUGGAAGAAACACAAGGCCUUGAGGUAUCCGAUGGCGGCUAUAGCCCACCUGUUCUUCAGAGUGAGCGCCCUCUUGGCCUAUCUCUUCUGCAAUCUCUUCAGCAGCAGUUUCAUCCUUGACUUUGUGGUGACGGUGUUCCUCCUUGCCGUGGAUUUCUGGGUGGUGAAGAAUGUAACGGGGCGUCUGCUGGUGGGGCUGAGGUGGUGGAACCAUGUGGAUGAAGACGGGACAAGCCACUGGGUGUUUGAGGCAAGGAAGGGUUCAAGAAAAAAUGAAGAAUCAGGCUUGGAAUCAAGGAUAUUCUGGUUUGGUCUGGUGGUGUGUCCUAUCUUCUGGGUAGUGUUCGUCUUUACAAAUAUUUUUGGUCUCAAAAUAAAUUGGCUGAUCAUAACAACGGUUGGCGUUAUUCUCAAUGGAGCAAAUUUAUAUGGCUAUAUCCGCUGCAAAAUAGGCUCUCGGAAAGAGUUAUCAUCAAUGGCUUCUCAAUUCCUUGGUCAGCAGAUGCUAAAAUCGGCUAUGUCAACAGCAUCUCGGCCGCAGACAACACAAUAGGUACUAAAUCAUUUUCCAGAGGGAGGAUGCAUGAAAGAGAGAAGUAUUUAUCUCAAGUCUUCAAUUCUUGAUUCCAUAUUUCUAAGGCUUAUUUAUUUGAAUAUAGAUGUUUGUGAUUUUGUAUGAAAUUGUCUUUUUGUAUUGUGUCAUCAAAUUAAUAAAUCUUGAUUCAUGUAAAUAUGUAAUUGUUAUGAAAGAUGUAUUUCAUUUCUAUUAAAAAAAACAGGUGCUGGGAUAUUUAGUUAUCUUUUAUUAGACAAAAAUAUUGAAUUAUGCCCAUUUUUAUAUCAAAUAGAAAGAAACAUUUCCCCUAAAAUGUAUGCGGUACAUCAUUUUCUUAUUUAAACCAGAACAAGAUAAAUCUCAAUUUUAAUAUUUAAUCAAGAGAAAUUUGUUGAAUAUUUUUGAACACCUUGCAUUUAAGAAACAAUAUAAAUUUAAGAACUUUUUUUAUAUUUGGAUAACAGGGAAUGAGUGUAUGUUUUUGAAAAAGUAUCUUGUGACAAAGUGCUUAGUAAAUACGUUUCAUUCGAGGAGUUUAAGUAACUGUUGUAAGGACAGUGAAUUUCUGUUUACAAAAAUGGUCUAGAUUUACUCUGUUUCGGAAUACCUGUAAUUCUGUUUCAAACUAGAUCUAAGAUCUAAAUUCUGUUAUGUCAUAGAAAGUGUACACAACAAAAUGUAUUCCAUUUGGCAAUUUCAAUGAAUUUUACAUAAUUUGUUUGUAUGUACUGACAAACAGAAAAUCACUGUCCCUACUGGUCUUGUUUGUCAAACUGAAUAUAGUUGAGUAAAGUUAGCUCUAGUACAUGAAAUAAAUGACAAUAUUUGUUGUUUAACUAUUUGUCAAUUGUUUUCAGGUGUGGCUGUGGAGAAUAUUUGAAAUAUGUGCAAUCAUUUGUUUUAUUUCACGUUUGCUUUAUCACUGGCAUAUGGUGCCAUAAUCUGCCCGAACUUAUACAAAAUACUAAAGGCAGAUAUGUGGUUAUCAAUUUCUCUAUGUAUAUGUUAAUAAUGAUGAUAAUAAUAAUCAUUAAUUUGUAUAUCGCAGCUUUUAUAUGGAUAUAUUCAGCUGUGCUUGUUCAGAGCUCUUUAAAUGUCUACACAGCAUAUUUUCUUAACUAACGAGAUAUGUUUUUAUUUUGAUUUGAUUUCCCCUGAAAUGAUAAAUUCUUUGAUAAGUACACAUGCAAACUUCAUUUUGACAAAAACUUGAAAGUAUUCGGCAUCUUAUUUGGCCUGAAAAUUUCAGAUUAAUAAUCACUAUGUAAUGUACAUUUAGGAUAUUUGUUCAUUUGUGCACACUUAAUGUGAUCCAAUUGUAUUGGGCUUAAUUUUAGAUUAAGGUUAGGUUAAACAGGAGGGGGGUUUUAAAUACCCCCUCUUCAGAGCUUAAACCUCUUGUGUGAAUUUGGGCCUUUGUGUUAAAAUGUUGUGAAUUAAUUUUAUAUUUAAGGCUAGAAUUAACACAAUUUUUCCACCAUACAGAAGCCCCCCCCCAAAAAAAAAUCACAGAAUUCAAAAUAAAAACUUUUUAAUAACUUUUUGCUUUUAACUGUAAAAAUAUUGGUUCCAUUCUCAGAUGGAUUUACUAUUAUUUUGUGUGUUUUCUUGCUUAUCCUGAUGACACACUCGGCCACUUAAGACAUUAUUUAGUGUGAAAUGUUUCAAGUCCAAAAGAGAAAUACAAAUUUUGUAAAGUUAACGCUAUGGUCAUAAAUGCCUUUACGAACAGUCAAACACUUUGCAAAUGAUUUCAUACCAUUUAUUGCUACAUGUAUCUUUUGUAUGUUGCUCCUUAAGUUAUCUGUGACCAUAGUAAAGGGUGGGCAAUGCAAACAUUGUGUGAAAAGGAGACAAAAGGAAAUAUGGAUAUAUGAACAAUUUGAUCAUUCAUUUGAUUUUGGUGUUUUAGAAUAAACUCAAAUAAUCUUAAUUUCACAUAACUUGGUAUGAAUUGUCAUUCCGAGAAAAAUCGGUGCAAUUAAAAGAACUUGCACAGAAUAUCAAACUUCUCUAGCAAAGCUUUUUGUAUAUUACUGCAUGUAUUGAAUUAAAUCCCAAUGGCUCUGUAAGUAACACACGUCUGUAAUUACUGUCAGUUACGAGCUGCAUAUUACAUUUACGUUGGAAAUAUGUUUGAGGAAGGGCAGUGAUACACCCUCCCCCUAUUGUGUUGAGAUAUUAUCUGUAAUUAGAGAGUUUUAGCAAUCACUAUGCAGGCGCUUUCUAUAACGCAGAGAAUCUUGUCAAAAGCCCAAAACAGCCUUUGUCGAAAAUCAGUGAAUCAAAACAGUAGUGUCAUGGACUCUGGACAAACAACAUAUUUCCAAUUUUUUGUCCAGUCCGAAUCUUCGGACAAUCUGCUUUCCUGGUCUACCAACUAUCAACAAAAACCUCUUAGCCGUCAAUUGUGAUUUGACUUCCAUGUGCAUUUUCAAAGGAAUUGGUGUGUUUGAUAAAGCAUUUGCGUAGUGAUUGUGAAAAUACACUAUUGUAAUGUGCAGUAUCAAUGAUGUGAAUCAACCAUUCCUGUUUUACCGUUGCUUUUGGUAUACUGUAUGCUAUAUAUUUUAAGAGAUUAAAACAUUUAACUUAU